AACAAUAUACUGUACACAGACAGAAUGCCAGAUGCUGCUCUGGGUCUAUAGGAUCCCUGUAGUUGGUCAUCUGGCUGCGCGUAUCAAUUGUCCCAUAUUAUAAAAAGUGAGAUUGUCUUUGUCUUUUUAUUAUAAAGCAGGUCAAAGUGGAUUAUAAAACUGUGAAAGUAUCAAAAUACUCAAUCCUUGGAGAAAUACACACGGCGCGUAUUCAGAAACUUUGCCUAAAAAGCUUUCAGGAUUUCCAUAUGGUUAUGAUGUCCCAACUACACAAUAUUGAUCUCACAGAUUUAAACAAAACAUUCUCAAUGUGUCUCAAUGUAUUUCAAUGCAUGUGUAUGUGAUCGACAUAGGAACAGGAAGUAAACAUGGACCCCAGCUGUUGCUUAGCAACGCAAUUCCGUUAAAACUUGCUAAAAUGGGUGAAUGCAGGUAUAUUCAGACAAGACGGUAUGAGAGUUCUUUGAACAUCAAAGCAUUUUAACAUGUUCUAGUAUAAACCCAAAUACAAGUACGAACGUGGAAAUGAGCAUGAUAUCCUUUAAAUAUUUAAUGGAUUAUGAAAAUUGUGUCAUGGGUACUGUUAAAAAUGACAUGACUUUUUUUUCUGCUUCUUCUAGGCCUUUCCACGUUGAGCCCAGGAAUAUCGUAGGUGAUGACCCGCAGGAGAGGGUCUCUGCUGAGGCUGCCAUCCUCAACAGCAGAGUCCAUUACUACAGCAGACUGACAGCCUCUUCUGACAGACUGCUGAGUCCACCAAACCAUGUGAUCCCUGGGCCGGAAGAGCUCUACAUCUACAGCCCACUGGGGACAGCUUUCAAGGUGACAGGCAGCGACCCCUCCUCUAAAAACCCCAGUAUCAUCACCAUAUUUGCUAUAUGGAACACAAUGAUGGGCACAUCCAUACUCAGCAUACCUUGGGGUAUAAAGCAGGCUGGUUUCACUUUGGGGGUCCUCAUCCUCAUCUUCACAGGCCUGCUGAUGCUCUACUGUUGUUACAUCGUCCUCAAAUCCCCCAAGUCAAUACCCUACGUGGACGCAUCCGACUGGGAAUUCCCUGAUGUUUGCAGGUACUACUUUGGCAAGUUUGGCCAGUGGUCCAGCUUGGUCUUCUCGAUGGUGUCACUUAUUGGAGCCAUGGUGGUUUACUGGGUCCUCAUGUCCAAUUUCCUCUAUAACAGCGGACAGUUUAUCUACAACUAUGUUCACAAUGUCAACGUGUCAGAUUCCGAGUUUGGAACCAACGGCUCAGAUAAAGUCAUCUGUCCAUUUCCAAACACUAACCCUGGAGGGAACUCCACCAUCGUCACACUUUACCUUGGUAACAGUGGAAAUGAAACUUCUGAUGUCUCUUUUGAUCACUGGUGGAGCAAAACCAACACCGUCCCCCUGUACCUCAUCACCCUGCUGCUGCCGCUGCUCUGUUUCCGCUCAGCCUCCUUCUUUGCCAGGUUCACGUUCUUGGGUACCAUAUCAGUGGUCUACUUGAUCGUGCUGGUCACUAUCAAAGCUGUCCACCUCGGCUUCCACCUGGAGUUCCACUGGUUUGACACGACCCAGUUCUAUGUUCCAGAGUUCAGACUGCUCUUCCCUCAGUUCACUGGUGUCCUCACUCUGGCCUUCUUCAUUCACAACUGUAUCAUCACGUUAAUGAAGAGCAACAAGCACCAAGAGAACAAUGUGCGGGACCUGUCUGUGGCCUAUCUUCUAGUGGGGCUGACCUAUCUGUACGUGGGAGUGUUGAUCUUUGCUGCCUUUCCCUCACCUCCUCUCUUCAAAGACUGCAUUGAACCGAAUUUCUUAGAUAACUUCCCCAGCAGUGAUGUGAUGGUGUUUGUGGCUCGGACUUUCCUGUUGUUCCAGAUGAUCACAGUCUACCCCCUGCUGGGAUACCUGGUGCGGGUCCAGGUCAUGGGCCAGAUCUUUGGCAACCAUUACCCCAGUUUCUUCCACGUUCUGGCACUGAACAUCUUAAUUGUUGGAUCUGGUGUCCUGAUGGCCAAGUUUUAUCCCAAUAUUGGAUCCAUCAUAAGGUUUUCUGGAGCAACAUGUGGCUUGGCUUUAGUGUUUGUCUUUCCUGCCUUAGUCCACAUGAUCUCCCUGAGAAGGCAGGGGGUUCUCCGCUGGCCCUCGGCCCUCUUCCACAGUUUCCUGAUUCUGCUGGGCAUGGCCAACCUGCUGGCUCAGUUCUUCAUGUAGAGAUCUUCAGACACAGACACUCUUAACUAUUUAGAAGCAAGAUUAAAAGAUGUGAUUGAGAUCUCAGAUGGGAAAUAUAGAAUGUAGAAUAGUGGAGUGCAAAAUCGCAUCAGGAAGACAGACACCGCUCCAAUGUGGAAAUAAGGAACUGUUUGCAAACAAGUUCAUCAUCUACACUUUAAAGGUGAUGCCAAUGUUGCGUUCACAAAUUGUUUUUUAUUGCAGGUUUAAAUUUGUCAUGAGGCUUUACAACUGGAUUUUAUGAUCAGAGUUGAGUCGUGCUGACACUAGGAAAUCAUAUUACUAACUUUGUGAUUGUGAUAACUGUUUAUAUGUUUUGAAGGCCAUGUUGUCUGCAUAUUUUUUGAAAAAUCUUAAAAUUUUUAUAAGCCGUUUAUUUACUUGAAAUGUUUGCAUGAUGGCUAUUUUCUAGAUACUGCGUCUAAUGUGUUAUAUUUAACUAAUGAUAGGAUAGACAAAGGGAAUAUAUGUGUGAAAAUAUACAACAGGAGAAACUAGAAAAUUCCUAAAGAAAUUUUGACAGUGUGGCUUCUACUGCCCGAAGAAAUCACAAUAUACACACGCCAA